AUGAAGGCCCCUUCCCUCCUCCCGGCCUUGUCAGCAGCGUUGCUCUUCACGCUUCAAGGUUGCGGUAAGAACAAGUCGACUACAACUAGUGCCCCCUCUGGCAGUCAAUCUAAUGGACCGUCAGCUAGCGGCCUCUUCCUCAACAAAGCGGGCUCCCAUGGUUCCCAAUCGUGUUACCAAGCUCAUAUGCCUUAUUCACUUAAGGUUGAAAGAGUGAAGAGCUUCGAUGGCUCUUGGAACAACGCUAUCACAGCAGACUGCGGCAAUUCGCACAAAGCUAUACAAAAGGCCGAUGCUGAUCUCCCCGAACGAGUCAGUGAGAAACUCCUCCAUGCAAGAAUGACCUGCAAUGACAUUUGGGCGGCAUUCGGUACGGAGUCUUCGGCUAGCGCUAUGAGCCUCCGGUCUGUGUGUCGAGAAGCCCUUGGCGUCCCUGUUUAA